AGGGUGUAUAAACCUGUAUCUAACCAAAGCGAGUUAGAAAUCGUUUGACAAUGAAACGGUUUGGACUUGUAUUCUUCGUCACGGCGCUGCUUUUAAGCGAACAUGUCGAGGCGGCGUCUGUCACCUGCUACGUGUGUUCCGGAAGUUCGGCUUGUAAUCUGAAUCUGUCUCUCAAUACAGAGACUGGAUGCACUGUCUGUAAAAAGACGGAGAUAAAUGGCGCGGUUACCCGAUCUUGUGUUUUAUCGCUCUUCAACAUCUACAGCAGAUCUUGCACCAUUUCCGGUGGAGUUACGGAGUGCUACUGUAACACCGACUAUUGCAACAGCGGCUGGCGUAUGACAUUUUCUGUGUCGACACUCGUGCUGUCGGUGGUAGCCGCUUAUUUUGGUCUUGAUCGGAAGUAACAGCGUGUCGUGGGGA